CCAGAAGGUGAAAGAGUGAUAUGCUAUCUCAGAGGUGCACAAACACAUUUUCUCAAGCAGUCUUCAAGAACAGACCAUGAAGAUAUUUCAGGGUUUUGAUGUCCUGAUGUUCGAGUUGUGAUUCUAGCCAUAACAAGCCCAAUCCAGCAGGAGAGACCAGUCUCACCUGUAACUAGCUGUGUGUCCAUGAAGAGUGACCAAUCUAUGGGACAUCCAGAGGGUUUCAGGAAGAGAGAUGGAUCUACUAAACAAAGACACCAACAGAACAGACCAAAGUCAGAGAUUCCUAGUGGUCAGUCUGCCCAGAGUCAUCAACCAGACCUGCCCGCUAUACUAAAAUCACUUGAAGAAAAUUCCAUCAGAUUUGUGAAGAAUGAGUUGAAGAAUAUCAACAGGAUUCUAAGUUCUGAGGGUUCAGAUCACCCAGUAUUCUUCGGUAGUCAGACAGAGGAUAAAGAUGUGGAUAAGCCCGAGAGGAUUGCCCGAGAGGGUGCUCUGGACAUCACAGUGUACAUUCUGAGGAACAUUAACCAGAAGGACCUCGCUGACAAACUGCAGAAAAGUACACCUGCCAUGAAGAGCCAACGUAAGCUAAAAUCUCAUCUGAAAAAUAAGUUUGAAUGUGUAUUGGAGGGAAUAGCUAAACAAGGAAACUCCAGACUUCUCAGUAAGAUCUAUACAGAGCUCUAUAUCACAGAGGGUAGAAGUGGAGGAGUCAAUAAUGAAAAUGAGAUGACACAGAUUGAGGCAGCAUCCAGGAGACCAGCAACACAUGAGACACCAAUAAAAUGCAAUGACAUCUUUCAGCCCUUACCCGGACAAGACAAAUCUAUCAGAACUGUGCUGACAACGGGAGUUGCUGGCAUUGGAAAAACAGUCUCUGUGCAGAAGUUCAUUCUGGACUGGGCUGAAGGGAAAGCAAAUCAGGAGCUUCAGUUCAUAUUUCCACUUUCUUUUCGGGAGAUGAAUUUGAUGAAGGAGUGAAACCACAGCUUGAUGGAACUUCUUCAUCGCUUUGUUAUGGAAACCAAAGAAUCAGGAAUCUCUAACUAUGACAAGUACAACGUUCUAUUUGUCCUUGAUGGUCUGGAUGAGUGUCGACUUCCUCUAGACUUC